GCAGCAGUAGAGGGGGCGGCGCUGAUCCAACUAUUGCUGCAUGAGCACAGUGUGCGCACCCUGCUAACGAGCCAGCCAGUGUUAACAGGCACUAAAAUGUCGGGGAAGAAUUUUCGAGUCAGCGACGGGGACUGGAUUUGUCCUGAUAAAAAGUGUGGAAAUGUGAACUUUGCAAGAAGAACUAGUUGUAACAGAUGUGGCAGGGAGAAAACCACAGAGGCAAAGAUGAUGAAAGCAGGAGGAACAGAGAUUGGGAAAACUCUAGCUGAGAAGAGCAGAGGCCUCUUCAGUGCAAAUGAUUGGCAGUGUAAAACAUGUGGUAAUGUGAAUUGGGCCAGGAGGUCAGAGUGCAACAUGUGUAACACACCGAAAUAUGCCAAGCUUGAAGAGAGAACAGGGUAUGGUGGAGGAUUUAAUGAAAGGGAGAAUGUGGAAUACAUUGAACGAGAGGAAUCAGAUGGUGAAUAUGAUGAGUUUGGUAGGAAAAAGAAAAAGUAUCGUGGGAAGACCAACAGCACAUCCUCCUCAAAAGAAAGUGAAAAGAAAGAAGUGCCAAAAGAUGAAGAGGAGGAGGAGGAAGAUGAUGAAGAUGACGAAGAGGGUGACCUUUCCAAAUACAAACUGGAUGAUGAUGAUGAGGAAGACGAUGGAGACCUAUCAAAGUAUGACCUGGACGCCAGCGAUGAUGACGACGACAAGCAGGCUAAGAAAAAGGGCAGCCGCUCGGGCUCGUCCCGUUCUCGCUCAUCCUCACGCUCCUCCAGCUCCAGUUCACGGUCGAGGUCCAGGUCCCGCUCUAGGAGCUCAUCUAGUUCCCGAUCUGGAUCUCGCUCGAGGUCCCACUCCAGAUCCAGCUCCAGGUCUGGAAAGGGCUCCUCUCCCCGGAAGAGGUCCCGCUCACCUUCCUCCUCACCUGAGAGGAGACAGAAGCGCAGUCGCUCCAGGUCCUCAUCUGGAGGGAGAAAACGGAGGCGUUCUAGAUCACGUUCGUCCGAAAGGCGCCGCGGCCACUCCUCUGGAUCCUCCCAUUCUGGCUCCAGUUCAAAAAAGAAAUAACUUUAUUACAGCCUUUAAGACAAACAAGAAAAGGAACCUUAGUACAAGUGCAUGUUAUGUUGCAAGGAAAGCAACAACAUCCAUACAGUAUGCUGUUCAUUUUCAUAGAAUCUCCAAAGUCUUACUUCCCUCAGCAAAAAAAAAAAGACAGCAACAUACUUCUCUCUGCCGUUUCCCAUCAUUACAUGCUCACUUCUUUUUUUUUUUUUUUAAAUCCACAUACACCCCAAUCUGUGACAAAUGUCUGUAACUAUAGGUGUCAAAUAAACAUAAAUGUUUGGUCCUAUAAGAAAAUCAAAUAUACUGUGAUGAGGCUGUAUCCUAUUUUAAACCCAUUUUACUCUCAAUAUUAGUGGCAGUACAUUUUAUUCUGCCCAUCUUUGGGAAAUUUAAAAAAAAAAUGUAUUACCUUUUUAUUUUCUUUGGCCAUUGAAAACAUAUGAGAAUGUGUUUGAAAAAAGUCAGUUUUUCUUUCUUCCUGUCGUUUUUUUUUUUUUUUUAGUAAAUGCAUUCUUCAUUUUUUUUUUUUAAAUAAAAAGUGAAGUACCUAAGCACCAAUUUAAAAUAACAGAUGUAGCAAUGAAUUUUGGCUGUUUGUUUUAUUUUGUUGAUAAAUAUAUAUAUAUUUUGUGUUAUCAAGGUAAGUAUUUUACUUUUUGAUAUUCAUAAAUGGCAGAAAGUUCAACAUUAUUUGGUUUAGGUGUUUUGUUUUUUGUUUUUCACAGUUGUGGCCUAUUUUACAACUUAGUUAUUCCUCAUUUGUCACUUGGGAAACCAACUAAGUCAAUAAAUGAUAGAUUUCAGUGCUCCAAAUUAGUGCUGCAAGAGUAACAAAAAUCCUCCUAUGUCCAGAUUAAAGGUAGAAUGUGGCAAUACUGUCUUUUUAUUGGUGAAACAACUAAAAUGUACACGUGUAAAUAAAAUCCUGUUGACAUUG